UUUUUUGUCAUUUCACAUUGUGUUGACCAACUACAAAUUGGAAUCCACACAUCAUGAAAUAGUAGAUAUGCCUUCACCACACUAUAAACGUCCAGCACUCUUACAUGAGAAUACUUUGGUCGGCGACGCAGAAAAAACCAUUACUUUCUGUAAAUACCAUGAACCCGGGUGCACUCUGUCUUGCUGGACUCGCUAUUGUCACCAUGACUGUUGGCUUGGCCAAUACUGGCACUAUUGUGGACUUUCCUCCCGUUGUAAUUGGCUCAUGCCUAACUGUGGCAUUUAUAUCGAAUGUACUUGCUGGAUUACUUGAGCUCCGUGCUGGUAACACAUUCAGCGCGGUCUCGGACAUAUGUUAUGGCUGUUAUUUUCUCUCUUAUGGUAUCUUCUUGUUACCCGGAAUGGGAGGUUAUUCUGUUGAAGGGGAGAAAAGUGCUCAGGAUCUCGGUAUGGCUGAAGGUAUCUUUUAUCUUCCUUGGCUGAUGUUUGCUGUACUCAUGUUCCUUGGAACGCUACGUCAAUCCCGCAUAGCUCAACUGAUCCAUGGUCAGGUCUUUAUGGUAUUUUUCUUGGAAACCGUUGGCGCUUUUACUCAAAUGGCGGUGCUGACCAAAAUUAGUGGCUGGAUAUGUAUCAUCCUAUCUCUCACUUGCUAUUACACCACUGCUUCCUUUAUUUACAAUUCAAGUAUAACACCUAUUUCUCUUCCCAUUGGGGUAUGAGAAAAAGAUGCAUUGAAACAGAAAGACUUAUGGUGCAAUCCGUUCGAGAAAUGUUUUUAAGUAAAGAAAAUUAGAUAUGCCUAGGCCAAGAACAUUAAAGAAAAAAAAAAAGAAGGUAAUAAAUCAUUUCUUAGUAACGG